GCGCGCUGCAUUGUUUUGACUGAAAAUGCCGUCGGUUUCGAAAGCGGCGGCGGCGUCGCUGAGCGGGUCCCCCCCGCAGACCGAAAAGCCAACCCACUACAGGUAUCUAAAGGAGUUUAGGACAGAGCAGUGCUCCCUGUUUUUGCAGCAUAAGUGCAGCCAGCACAGGCCGUUCACCUGUUUCCAUUGGCAUUUCCUAAAUCAGCGUCGGCGCAGACCGCUCCGACGGCGGGAUGGCACCUUCAACUACAGCCCGGACGUGUACUGCUCCAAGUAUGAUGAGGCCACCGGCCUGUGUCCCGACGGCGACGAAUGCCCCUACCUGCAUCGAACAACUGGGGACACUGAGCGCAAGUACCACCUGCGCUACUACAAGACAGGCACUUGUAUCCAUGAGACAGAUGCACGGGGCCACUGUGUGAAGAAUGGUCUGCACUGUGCCUUUGCACACGGGCCCCUGGACCUGCGGCCGCCUGUGUGUGACAUCAGGGAGCUUCAGGCUCAGGAAGCCCUGCAGAACGGCCAGCUCAGCGGUGGGGAUGGUGUACCUGAUCUGCAGCCUGGGGUCUUGGCCAGCCAGGCCAUGAUCGAGAAGAUCCUGGGGGAGGAUCCUCGGUGGCAAGACAGUAACUUCGUACUGGGCAGCUAUAAGACGGAGCAGUGCCCAAAGCCACCACGCCUAUGUCGCCAGGGCUACGCCUGUCCACACUACCACAACAGCAGAGACCGCCGUCGGAACCCCAGGAUGUUCCAGUACAGGUCUACGCCCUGCCCUAGUGUGAAGCAUGGUGACGAGUGGGGCGAGCCCUCACGGUGUGACAGUGGGGACAGCUGUCAGUACUGCCAUUCCCGUACGGAGCAGCAGUUCCAUCCUGAGAUCUACAAAUCUACAAAAUGCAACGAUAUGCGCCAAACUGGCUACUGCCCUCGAGGCCCCUUCUGUGCCUUUGCGCAUGUUGAGAAGAGUCUGGGAAUGGUGAAUGACUGGAGCUGCCGUGAUCUCAAUUCCAACAGCACCUCGGCUUACAGCAGCCAGCCUGGAAGUGCCAAACGGAAAGACUCCCCCUCUGAAGGAAGCCAGAAAGCUAGUGAGGACAGCAAGCAGAACCACCUCGCUGUGUUCUCAGUGCUUCACCCACUGGCCCCCAGCAUAAGCUCCAGUGUGGCAUCGAGUUUGGCGUCCAGCACUGGCUCAGGUAGCUCCUCUCCCACCGCUCUGCCUGCCCUCCCUGCCCGGGCCCUCCCACUGGAUCCAGCUGGCAACACUGUGGAGGCAGUCCUCGGUUCUGCAUUAGAUCUCCAUCUUAGUGACAUAAAUAUCGCGUCCUUAGAUAAAGACUUGGAAGAGCAGGACCUUGGAUUGGCAGGUCCCAGGUCGCUGGCAGGCUCAGCACCCGUCACCAUCCCGGGCUCCCUGCCCCGCUCGCCAUCCUUGCACUCGUCCUCAUCCCUGUCCACCUCCCCACUCAGCUCGCUCUCCCAGUCCCUGUCGGGGCCUCUCGUCUCCUCGGCUAUGACGCCCCCUCAGCAGCCACCACCCCUCCGGUCGGAGCCGGCUACGCUGGGCUCUGCAGCCUCAUCUUACAGCUCUUUAGGUUUGAACGGCGUCCCUGGGAGCAUCUGGGACUUUGUUUCUGGCAGCUUCUCUCCUAGCCCAUCCCCCAUUCUGAACUCUGGCCCUUCGGCUUCCUCAAGUGCAAGUCCAAACAGUGCUGAGCUGGCACGGGUCAGGCGACAGCUAGAUGAAGCCAAAAGAAAGAUCAGGCAGUGGGAAGAGUCUUGGCAGCAGGUGAAGCAGGCCUGUGAUGCCUGGCAGAGAGAGGCUCAGGAGGCCAAGGAGAGAGCCCGUGUGGCGGACAGUGACCGGCAGCUGGCCGUGCAGAGGAAGGAGGAGGUGGAGGCCCAGGUGAAGCAGCUGCAGGAGGAACUAGAGGGCCUGGGCUUGUCCUCACUGCCAGGGCUGCGGAGCUUGGGUGACAUUAGCGACAUCCCUCUCCCCAAGCUGCAUUCCCUGCAGAGCCAGCUGCGCCUGGACCUGGAGGCCGUGGACGGGGUGAUCUUCCAACUUCGUGCCAAACAGUGUGUGGGCUGCCAGGAGAGGGCCCAUGGCACUGUCCUUCGGCCCUGCCAGCACCGUGUCUUAUGCGAGCUGUGUGCAGCCAGUACCCCCGAGUGCCCCUACUGCAAGGGCCAGCCCCUCCCAUGGUGAUGAGAACCAGACCCAUUCCUUCCCUGGUGAGCAGUGCAAAGGCCUCAGCAUGCCAUGUGCCACCACAGUGUCGAAACUGGCCUCCAGUACCACCCACGCCAGGAUGUGAGUUCAUGCCCACUGUCCAACAGCCUUUCAAAUCACUUUUUCUUCCCUGCCAUGUCCUACCAAUGGUGUCAAGGUAUUCUCAGAAAACCUCUGAAGCACCACCAAACCCACCGCCUGUCCCAUGGGCAGGUGGCAUGUUUUUGGUGCCCCCAGUGCUGACACUGCUGUGGCCAGGCCAGUGGGAGGUCAGGCCUUGUCAAAGCACUUUGUAAACCGAGGGAUUUAGACAUUAUAAAUUGUAUAAGCUGCUUUCUAGGUCCAUGUUUUUUAAUAUGCGAUAACAUGAAGCUUUAUAAGUGUACUGUGAACUUGAAGUUUCCUAUCAGUUUGUUGUUAACUCAUAGUAAUGGUAACUACGGUAGAUUUCAUAUUCUGAAACUAUUUAGGAAAUGAACAUUUAUCUAGUAGUGAAGAAGACCUAGGAUUUUUACAUUUUAAAAUUAAGUGCAAACAAAUAGUAUUUAUAAGCAGAGAGUGGUUAUUGAGAGACACAUAUACAUUUAGAUGUUCUUAAUUUUAUGAAAGGAACUAAUUUUCCUAAACAUGUGCAGGUGCACAUGUAGAUGGAGUUUUAUAUUCCAGUAUCACAGAGUGAUAUCCAGAGCUCUGUCAUGCACUUAUGUGAUCCGUGGCCACUUCCAAGUGCCUGUGCCUUGCAAAAGAAGUGAAGGAAUUGGUUCAUUUGGUUUUUUUCUUCUCCCUUGAAAGACAAUUUCAUGCUAAUGAAAAAUGCAGCAAAGGAAUCAGGCAUUCAGAGGAGUCCAAGAUCUACUCGGGAAGGAGCUGUGUUCUGAUGUCAUGUCUGUAAUGGCAACGGUGCUGUGGACCCCGAGGUCGCCUGGGGCACCCUAGCUUGUGCUGAACUAAGGGACUGUGCACCUGGACUUCAGUC